AGCGCAAACGAGUCGCCAAGCUAGCCUCUUAGCAUGUCGGAGGAAGACAACCACAAGACGGACGACAAAAAGAAGAGGAGGAGGAAGAAAAGGAAGAAAAAAAAGAAACUUUGCGCUUCAAACACACCUCUGCAGCAGCCAGUUGAGCCCAACCCGGUACUCAAGCUCCCCGAGUUGGUGCAGGUGACCCCGGUACCUAGAGGUCCAACGUCUAAACGACGAGCGCCGGGCAAAAAGUGCAAAGACCGCCUGAGAGAGCCCGAGCCCCACCUCGCCUCAGACAGCAACACCAAAGAGCCAACCUCGGCCGAGGCUCGGGAGCUGACCCCGGCCGAGACCCGGGAACCGACCCCGGCCGAGGCCCGGGAACCGACCCCGGCCGAGGCCCGGGAACCGACCCCGACCGAGGCUCGGGAGCCGACGCCGGCCGGGGCUCGAGCGCCGACGCCGGCCGGGGCUCGAGCGCCGACCCCGGCUGAGGCUCAAGAGCCGACUCCGCCAGCAACACCGACACCUACGCCGCUGGAAAUGCAAGGGAGGGAGUGUCUGAGGUGGGAAGGGGUCCUACAGGAUCCCCAGGCGGAGGAAGAGAGGCUGGAGGUGUAUCGGGCCAGCAGGAGGCAUCGCUAUGUCGCCCAGCGAGACGCUGAGCUGGCCGACCCCCUCACCCGAACCCCUCGGCGUCUUUUGAGCCUCGACUCGCUCUGAAGGUCA